UUUAUUUGGGUCCCGCUUUGCUUGUGUUGUUAGCACAAAUUAGCUUCGUUAGCUACGUAAACCGCUAAUGCAUCAUUUCAUUUUAUACUUGCUUCUUAAAUUUUAACCCCACUUUCUUUAGUUAGAGAGGGUUGUUAUAGCCUGUGUCUGCGAUGUCGAGCCGCUCUUCUUUUCACUCGCAGCUCUCGUCCAUCAUGGAGACCAUGGCUCGGUCUGCCCUGAGUCAGGUCUGCACUUUGGUGGAGAAAGACUCGUCCGAGCUCCGGUUAGAGUUGUCUCGGCUCCUAUUUGCUAAUUCGGCUUUAACAGAGAAAGUAAACAGUCUGGAGAGCGAGCUGACGAUCGUGAGAAGCGACGCACCUAAGUUGUGUAAAAGUUAUCGCGCCGUCGGUGUACAAACCGUCUGUCACAAGGACGGAGAUGCUCCCGUUUCUGGGUCUCCAACUAUAGAGGGGAUCUUUGGAAAGGAUUGGUGUAUGGAUCUGUGGAAGGACAGAGACCCAUAUAGUCUGGAGAGAGUCACAGACUCACCACAGUCCUCUGAUAAGUCUGACCAAAUUACAGUCAAUGACAUCAAAGAGGAAGAUUAUGAGGAGGAUGCUGCCAGCAGCUGCCAGCAGGAAACACUCAGUACAGAAGAACAUGAAGAAUGCUCAGCUGGGGAACCAGAGCGGCUGUCAGUUGGUUACUCAGUUGACGGCAGCACUUGCAGCCUGUCAUUUGAUCAAGAUGAUGAGCAGAUUGUGUCAGCGGGUGGUCUUGAAGAACCGUCCGUGCAGCUGUUACCCGUCAGUGACACAGAGGAGGCCUUCAGCACUCAUAUCAUUCCGAUCGAAGAGGAUGAUGAUGACGACGAUGUGCAGUUUGUUCAAGAAAGUCACCAGGAGGCAACGAUAAACGCUGCGAGUGAGGCCGGGCAAGACGAGCAGCAAACAGAAACAGCAAACUCAGAAAACAGCACCGCUCUGGAUAAAGACUCACUCGACAACGUUAAUGUGCUUAAAACCAACAGAGGUCCAAACAAAGACAAAUUCACUUGUCAAAUAUGUAGCAGGACAUUCUUUCACAAGGGCACUCUGACACGCCACCUCAAAUCACACAAGUCAAACUUCUGCAACAUUUGUAAGCAGCAUUUCCCACACAGGACCAAGUUUAGCACACACACAUGCGUGCCUCCGGUCCUCUCUCAGAGAGUCAGUAAGUCAUGCGAGCUGUGCGGGAAGACCUUUGCGAACCCGUCGGCUCUGAGGAUUCACUACGUCGUCCACACCGGAGAGAAACCCUACAGGUGCAGCUUGUGUGGAAAAGGGUUCACCCAGAAAGGUAAUCUGAAAUGUCACCUACGCAUUCAUACGGGCGAGAGACCGUUCCGCUGUGUUAAAUGUGGAAAGACCUUUACUCAAAAGGUGAAUCUCAACCAUCAUUUAAUGGCACAUAGAAAUCGUGAGGUCGUAGCAUAGCUAGAAGACAUUAAUAAAUGAUGGCAGAAGCCUGUCAGUGACUUGUUUCUGGUGCAGUAGCUGUAUUUAUCUGAAUGAAUCUUCGUACUACUUCUCACAUUAGUUUAUAUGUAGUUAAUGUCAUGUUUGUAAUGUCUUGUCAUCCU